AUGGCAUCGACAAUAAUCCGCAUUUACAUGGCCUUCAGUCCACCAGUAGUGGAGAAACGGAGCGACGCAAUCCGCAUUGGUAUUCUGGGAGCUGCAAAAAUUGCACCCCUAGCCCUAAUCACCCCUGCGCAAUCCCACCCAGAAGUCAUUGUGCAAGCCAUCUCAGCAAGAGAUAGAACUCGCGCCCAGCAAUUUGCGAAGAAGCAUGGUGUCCCUGAAGUAAAAGACUCAUAUCAAGACAUGCUAGAUGAUCCGAACAUCGACGCAAUCUUCAUCCCUCUGCCUAACAGUCUUCAUUUCGAAUGGUCUGUCAAGUCCAUUCGUGCAGGAAAACAUGUCCUUCUAGAAAAACCGUCAACCUCCAACUCGUCAGAAGCCAACAUCCUCUUCAAUCUCCCGGAGCUAUCGCUGCCCAAUGCACCCGUUCUACUCGAAGCCUUCCAUAACCGCUUUCAUCCGGCCGUGCAUUUUUUCCUGUCAUUCAUUGAUCCCGCCGCCGUCGUGCAUGUCCAUACGGACUCGAUGGUUCCGGUGUUCAUCACCGAUAAAGGGGGGAUUGAAUUCAACUACGAUCUUUCCGGUGGUAGUAUGAUGAUGAUGGGUACAUACAACUUCAGUAUACUUCGGAUGAUCUUCGGUGCAGAACCGACGGAGUGUCUGGAAUGCCAGACUAGUAUUUUCGGUGAUGGUGUCCACGAUCGAUGUGAUUACCGAUUUGCUGCAAAAUUCGCUUUUCCGAACGGUGGUGUUGGUGAAGCGAUGACUACCAUGCGAGGAUCGAUCUUUUGGAAACCUUCUGAGGCAAGGGUUACUAUGAAAGAAGUUGUUGUGGUGGAUAAGACAAUCCCUGAGACGCAGGAGAAGGUGCGGACUCGUAAGGUCACGUUGCAUGGGUUUAUGCAUGCUUUUGUUUGGCACCGAAUUGAUGUGGAGGACUCUUACGUUAUUCGUGAGAAGGUUGAGGGGAUGGUAGUGAAAGCGUGGGUUGAGUCUGAGUCGCACAAGGCGUAUAGAUAUAAGGAUGCCGGUGGGGAGUUUAGGGAUUCACCUGGUGAGACUUGGUGGAUGUCUUAUCGGUAUCAGCUUGAGGAGUUUGUGAAUCGUGUCAAGGGUCGGAAGACGCGGUAUUGGGUUUCUGGGGAUGAUUCGUUGAAUCAAAUGAAGAUGAUCGAUAUGGCUUAUGAGAAGAGUGGAUUGGGGCUUAGGCCGACUAGUGCGUUUGUUUGA